CAGAAGAUUGAGAAAUGUCCACUCCAGCACUGAGGGCAGAUAUCUCUCUUUGGAGGAACACAGAGCAGUGUUUGUGGAUGUCAUUCAGCAAAGGUACAUCCCCAUUACCAACUGCUGCCACCUCCUGUGUUCCCACAUCUAUAUCUGCUGCUCCAGCCAUUUCAAAACAGCCAGCUUUGAAUUUAGGAAUGUCAUGUUGAGAAGGAGUGUUCGCCUGCAGAAAGCAAAGUAUUAUACAGAGGAGGGAACUCCAUCUGUUUCCUACAGGGAGAACUUGUACAGGAUCUUUCGGAGGAGGACAAGUCGUGGUCGUGGUCAACAUAAUAUGAACUCUAAAGAUCACCACAAUGGCCACCAUGACUCUAUUGCCAACUACCAACACGACCAAAACACCAGUAACAGUAACAGUAACAGUGACGUUCAGAACUCUAGUGCCUGGACCACUGGACCACAGGCCACCCUUACAUCAACUACUGGGACGCAGACCAAUAGGGCCAGAAGAAACAAAGUCAGAACAAAGUGCAGCUUUUCUGGGAACAUAAUCAGUUUCCUCCUCCUGCUCCUUCUGGUUGUUGGAAUCACACACUACACACAAAUGCACAUGCAGAUGAGAGAGAUCCAGCAGGAAAUGCAGUCUCUCAGAAGGCAGGUGAACAUGUUUGCUCCUCUGGCAGACACAAUACCAAACUUUGCCUUAGAAUCACAAGGUGCCAGAGUUUUACAUCAUUUGUCUUCAGACACAUAUUGGCCCCAACCAGACAUUGGGUUUAUUUGGUAUCGAAUAUUCUACUGGUGGUAUUCAUCCAAAACACAGCGAACAGUGAUUCAGGGACAUUCAUCAUUACAUCCAGGAAAAUGCUGGCCCUUUUCAGGUGACCGAGGGCAUUUAUUCAUCUCCCUUUCCCACCAAGUCUCCAUCACUCAUGUGACACUCGGCCACAUAACAAAAAGCCAGUCCCCCUAUGGCUACAUCGCAAGUGCACCGAGGGAAUUUUCUAUCUAUGGAAUGAGGACCACAGAUCAGGAAGGCACCUAUUUGGGAACACUGGUUUAUGAUCAAGACGGUGCAGCACAUCAGACCUUCGAACUGCCUAAUCCAGACAAAGGAGUCUUCAGAUAUGUGAAGCUACAGAUAGAGAACAACUGGGGAAACAUAGACAACACCUGCCUCUACAGCUUCAGGGUUCAUGGUAAACGUCCCGCCUAACAGCACUGUUACUUAACUUGGAGAGAAGUCUACAGAAGGGAGACUGGGGGACCUUAUGUCAUGUUUCCAUUGUCAUUGUCUUCAUGGUAAUUAUUUCCAAGGCAAAUAUUUUCAGGACCCAUAUUUAUCAAGCACUUUAGACUCUCUCCAAGUAAUUGUGCUGAGGAGGUGGGGGGGCUGUUUGCAGGUACUGGUUUAUUUUUUUGCUUGAUAAAUUUGGGUCCUGAUCUGUGAAGGUAAAACAAUCUCAGAACAAAUGAAUUAGGCUCAUGUUGUGUCAUAGAAUUUGUAGUCACUAAAAUAUGAGCAAAAAUAUAUGAAUGUCAUUUUUAAAAACAGGAAGUUCACAGGAUUUCAUUAUAAACCUUCAUUAUAGUGAAUAGUUUGUCCAUUGCCAUUUAUGUAAAUAUAUUUGACAUGUUCCCAGAUGUUUUGAGGUUGAUUAACCUUCACUCUGAGGGCAGCAUUGUGGCUACGGGGUUAACACUUCCGUUCUCCACAUGUCUGCGUGGGUUUACUCCGGGUGCGCCGGUUUCCUCCCAUACCCCAUACAUGCCAGGUAAACUGGUGUGUUUGGUUUGAAUUGUCAUAUUAAAUUGGAAUUUGGCUUGUAUAACAAUAAAGAUAUUGAAUUGGAA